AUUUUGUUGGCAAGGAAAUGGGGAAAAAAUAAAUUGAAGGGUUUACUCACAGAUUUAUUUGUGAGAAAUUGGCGGGAUCUCUCUCUUCUGCUUUUGCCACUUCCAAAUUCUAAAUAUGUGAUCUCAUAAUACUAUCAUUUUCGUUUUUCAGAGUUCAGGCACACGCACACAUACACACACAGAUAUAUAUACACACACAUAUCUCUAUAUAUUUGUUAGGGUUUUCUGUUCAAUGGAUUCGACUUCUUCGUGCCCUUCAACUCCUCGAUGGAACGUUGAAAGACCCUUCCUAACUGGUCGAUUUCUCCAGGAAACGAAGUCUACUUCUCGAACAGCUGAAUCAAAGGGUUUUUCUAUGGAUUCGUUUGGUCCUGGAUUGGAGAAGGCCAUAGGUUGCUACCAUGCUUCAGUUCAGGAACUGAUUGUUAUCGAUGAUCUGUUGUCUGCUUUGGUUGGAAUUGAAGGACGGUACAUUUCAAUCAAGAGAGUACGAGGGAAGGAGGACAACAUUACCUUCCAGAUUGAUGCAUCUAUGGACUUAGCAAUUCAGGAAUCAGCGAAACGGAUAUUCCCUUUAUGUGAGAGCUAUGUGUUGAUUAAUCAGUUUGUGGAGUCAAGGUCCCAAUUCAAGACUGGCCUGGUUAAUCAUUCCUUUUCUGCUGCACUAAGAGCACUCCUUCUAGAUUACCAGGCCAUGGUGGCACAGCUUGAACAUCAAUUUCGACUGGGAAGACUUUCCAUACAAGGAUUAUGGUUCUAUUGUCAGCCAAUGAUGGGGUCAAUGCGAGCUUUGUCCAUAGCAAUAGAGAAAGCUUCAGCCAAUAAUUUUGCUGGUUCGGCGAUUCUUAACCUCUUGCAGAGCCAGGCCAAGGCCAUGGCUGGCGACCAUGCAGUGAGGUCAUUGCUGGAAAAGUUGACACAAUCCGCAAGCUCUGCAUAUCUUGGCAUAUUAGAAAGGUGGGUGUAUGAAGGAGUGAUUGAUGAUCCUUAUGGUGAAUUUUUCAUUGCUGAAAACAAAUCUCUCCAAAAGGAGAGUCUCACCCAAGAUUACGAUGCUAAGUAUUGGCAACAACGUUACAGCCUCAAGGACGAUAUUCCUAGCUUCCUUGCAAAUGCCGCUGGAACAAUUUUGACCACAGGAAAAUAUUUAAAUGUCAUGAGAGAAUGUGGGCACAAUGUUCAGGUUCCAGUGUCAGAAAAUUCAAAAUUGAUGAGCUUCGGUUCAAAUCAUCAUUACCUUGAAUGUAUAAAGACUGCUUAUGAUUUUGCCAGUGGUGAGCUCUUGAAUCUCAUUAAAGAAAAGUAUGACCUAAUAGGAAAGCUGCGGUCUAUAAAGCACUAUCUUCUUCUUGAUCAGGGCGAUUUCUUGGUUCAUUUCAUGGAUAUAGCUCGAGAUGAGCUUGCAAAAAGGCCUGAUGAGAUUUCUGGGGAGAAGCUGCAGUCUCUACUGGACCUUGCGUUGCGCACCACGGCCGCCGCAGCAGAUCCUUGUCAUGAGGACUUAACAUGUUGUGUGGAAAGAUCUACUUUGCUCCAAAGGUUGAGCACACUCAAAGAUCUUGAAAGCAGCCGGACUGCUUCUGAUAGUAAUGAUUUAGAGGAACCAGUAAACAUUACCGGCCUGGAAACAUUUUCUUUGAGCUACAAGGUUCAAUGGCCAUUGUCCCUUGUUAUAUCAAGAAAAGCUUUAACAAAAUACCAGUUGAUUUUCCGCUUCCUGUUUCACUGUAAGCAUGUGAACCGCCAGCUUUGUGGAGCAUGGCAAGUGCAUCAAGCCGUCCGUCCACUCGACAUAAAAGGAACUGCAAUUUCUGUAUCAUCUUUGUUGUGUCGUAGCAUGCUUAAAUUUAUUAAUAGUCUGCUACACUAUCUGACAUUUGAGGUUCUUGAACCGAAUUGGCAUGUGAUGCAUACUAGACUUCAAACUGCAAAGAGCAUAGAUGAGGUUAUCCAGAUUCAUGAUUUUUUCCUUGAUAAGUGUUUGAGAGAAUGUUUGCUUCUUCUGCCCGUCCUUCUCAAGAAGGUGGAGAGGCUAAAAUUGAUAUGCCUUCAAUAUGCAUCAGCAACACAGUGGUUUAUUUCAUCUUCCAUUGAGAUUCCCAAAACAGAUGCACUUUCGGAUGGUUCACUUAGGAUGGAAAAACUUAAGCAAUUGAAACUGCGGAAGCCAUCUCAGUCACUAAUACUGACCCCUGAAAAUGCAACGGUCACUAAUUCUAUUCGGAAAUUUGAGUGGGAAUUUAGUUCCGAGCUUCAUAGUUUGGGACCAAUUUUGAGCAGUAGCUCCCACGCAGAACCAUAUUUGACUCAUCUUGCGCAGUUGAUUCUGGGUGGUGGAGGUGACUAAUAAGUUAUGAUUUCCUUCCUCUGCAGGAUGUAGAUAUGUUCCCCAUGAGGAUAUAUUUUCCGUUUAUUCUCAUCUUGUAUGGUUGUUUGCCUCUAGUUUGUGUUGUUUUUGAAUCUUUAAUGUGUCAUUUGUGGAGUAUACUGAAAGAGAAAAGGAAAAAUCUUUACAGAUUAUUGUGAUGACCAGAUAAUGCUUUGCGGUUUGACUUCAAAAAUGUAAUGUGUCGUUUUAUACAAUUCUGUUCUUGCU